UCGCCCAUGAAACCUCUUGAGGCGGUCGGUCACCAUGGUGGUGGCUUACAACAGCGAGCCCAGACGCAGACCAUCCGUCGCGUUUACACGCUAAAACACUGUUUAUAAAUGCUUCCUUUGACCCUCCGCUGCUUUGCAAAUGGCUUAAAAUGGACACUCACCUAACGCAUGGAUUGCACAUUGUUUUGAAUUUGAGAACUGAAGAAGAUGGAAUAGCGAACAAGGGACAAAAACGGAAUGCUGAAAAAUGCAGUCGUCUGCGUAAAUCAUAGACGCUCCGCUUGCCUGCAAAACCUUUCGUUAACACAGAAUCGAAUUAACAAGUCCCAACAUUUGACGCUUCAGUGGCUGGAAUAGGAAGAGCAGACUGUCUGGUUUUGUAGGAUUGGGACGAGGGACAGUAAGAGAGCUCCUGGCUUAGGUUGUGGCCUGGGGACAGGCUCUCCUCUGCAGUUGCUGCGACCUGAAAACGUUUUUGUACCACUAACGUUAUAAAAAGCCACUUGAGAGACUCUCUUUGGAUUAUUUGACUUAACUGUUGUUCGCGACGGGUUUGAAAACCAUGGCGUCCUAUGUGGAUAACAGUUUUCGGCAGGCGGUGAUGGUGAAUCCUUCAGACAGGACGCAACAGGACCUGGAGAUUGUAUAUUCCUACUUGCAUGGAAUGGAGGCGCUGUCCAACCUUCGGGAACACCAGCUGAGGAUAAUGUGUGAAAGCGUCCGCUACGAAAGACACGAAGCCAAUGAAGUGCUCUAUUAUCCGGAUGAUAUUGGCACGUGUUGGUAUAUUCUGCUUUCUGGAUCGGUCUUCAUCAAAGAGUCCAUGUUCCUGCCACGCUCCAGUUUUGGGAAGAGGUCUGCUGGGAGUUUACGUCGUGGAUGCGAGUGUAUCGUUCUGGAGCCAUCCGAGAUGAUUGUGGUGGACUAUAUGGAUGAGAAUGAGGAGUAUUUCCAGCGGCAGGCAUCACACCGACAGUCCCGCCGAAGGUUUCGCAAGAUCAACCAGAAGGGCGAGCGGCAGACCAUCAUCGACACCGUAGACCCCUAUCCUGCCGGCAAGCCGCCCGUUGCGCGGGGAUACCAUACGGAAUGCGUUAAGGCUCAGCUGCCGGCAGACUUCAGCAGAUUACACCUGGCAGACGGGAUUCACCCCCAGGUGACACACGUUUCCUCCAGCCACUCAGGAUGUAGCAUCACCAGUGAUUCUGGGAGCAGCAGCCUGUCGGACAUUUACCAGGCCACAGAGAGUGAGCCUGGCGACAUGGACCUCAGUGGCCUGCCCGAGACGGCCGUUGACUCCGAGGAGGAUGACGAUGAGGAAGACAUCGAACGUGCCUCUGAUCCCCUCAUGAGUCGAGACAUCGUCCGAGACUGCCUGGAGAAAGACCCCAUGGACCGAACGGAUGAUGACAUAGAGCAACUGUUGGAGUUCAUGCACCAGCUACCGGCCUUUGCCAAUAUGACCAUGUCUGUCAGGAGGGAGCUUUGUGCUGUCAUGGUGUUCGCUGUGGUGGAACGGGCCGGCACAGUCGUCCUUAAUGAUGGCGAAGAGCUGGACUCAUGGUCUGUGAUUCUGAAUGGCUCAGUGGAGGUGACGCACCCAGAUGGCCGGACGGAAAUCCUGUGCAUGGGCAACAGCUUUGGUGUGUCCCCCACCAUGGAGAAAGAAUACAUGAAAGGGGUGAUGAAGACCAAGGUGGAUGACUGCCAGUUUGUUUGCAUAGCACAGCAAGAAUACUGCUGCAUCCUUAACCAAGUGGAGAAAAACAUGCAGAAGGUGGAAGAGGAGGGUGAGAUUGUGAUGGUGAAGGAACACCGAGAGCUUGACCGCACAGGCACCAGAAAAGGACACAUUGUCAUCAAGGGCACACCAGAGCGUCUUACCAUGCACCUUGUAGAAGAGCACUCGGUGGUGGACCCCACCUACAUCGAGGACUUCCUGCUUACCUACCGCACCUUCCUGCCAAGCCCCAUGGUGGUAGGCAAGAAACUGCUGGAGUGGUUUCAUGACUCCAGCCUCAGGGACAAGGUUACACGGGUAGUCUUGCUGUGGGUAAACAAUCAUUUCAACGACUUUGAGGGUGACUCUGCAAUGACACAUUUUCUUGAGGAGUUCGAGUACAAUCUGGAGAGAGAGAAAAUGUGUGGGCACCUAAGACUGUUAAACAUAGCAUGUGCUGCCAAAGCUAAGCUACGGGUGGUGACCCUGACCAAACCCUCGAGGGAAGCACACCUGUCUUUCACCCUGCUGGGGGGUUCAGAGAAGGGCUUUCGCAUUUUCAUUGACAGCGUGGAGCAAGACAGCAAAGCUGCAGAGGCCGGCCUUAAACGAGGAGACCAGAUACUAGAGGUCAAUGGGCAAAACUUUGAAAAUGUGCCGUUAUCCAAAGCCAACGAGAUUCUCAAAAACAACACACACCUGUCCAUUACUGUGAAAACCAAUCUCUUAGUGUUUAAGGAGCUACUGGCCAGGCCUGACCAGGACCAGGAGCAAGAACUGGAGGAGGAGCCAGACAGGAAAAACGGGGCACCUCACAUCCCCAAAAUCGGGGACAUUAAGAAAGCCAGCCGCUACUCCAUCCCUGACCUGGCUGUGGAUGUGGAGCAGGUCAUGGGUCUUGAGAAAGCUAGUAAGAAAGCCAAGGCCAACACCGUGGGUGGCAGAAACAAGCUGAAGAAGAUCUUCGACAAGACACUAACCAGUAUUCUUCCACCCAAACCUUACAAUGAGGUUGGUGUGGGACAGUCCCAGGAUGACAGUAUUGUUGGGCUAAAGCAGUCAAAGCAGAUCCCUCCUGCUCUUCCUGUCAGUGGAAACCUUUCAUCGAGCAACCCUGACCUAUUGCAAUCACACCAUCGCAUACUUGACUUCAACAACCAGCCUGACAUGUCAGACCAGGUACUGAGAGUGUUCAAGGCAGACCAGCAAAGUCGAUACCUCAUGAUUGGGAAGGACACCACAGCAAAAGAGGUCGUAGCUCAGGCCAUCCGAGAGUUUGCCUUGACUGCUGCCCCUGAAGCAUAUUCAUUGUGUGAGGUGUCAGUCACUCCUGAGGGUGUCAUCAAGCAGCGGCGACUCCCUGAACAACUCUCCAAACUGGCCGACAGGAUCCAGCUCAGUGGAAGGUACUACCUGAAAAGCAACAUGGAGACAGAGACAUUGUGCUCGGAUGAAGAUGCCCAGGAACUACUAAGAGAGAGUCAGAUCAGCCUGUUGCAGCUUAGCACGGUGGAAGUGGCGACCCAGCUGUCCAUGCGUGCCUUUGAGCUGUUCUGUGCCAUCGAGCCCACCGAGUACAUCGAUGACCUCUUUAAGCUGAAAACUCGUCUAACCGGGCCCCCCAGCCUCAAGCUCUUUGAGGAGGCCAUCAAUCGGGAGACCUUCUGGGUGGCCACGGAGGUGGUGCGUGAGACCAACCAGCUCAAACGCAUGAAGAUCAUCAAGCACUUCAUUAAGAUCGCACUGCAUUGCCGCGAGUGCAAGAACUUCAACUCCAUGUUUGCCAUCAUCAGCGGUCUGAACUUGGCACCAGUGUCCAGACUCAGAGGCACAUGGGAGAAGUUGCCUAGUAAAUAUGAGAAGCUGUUUAGUGAUCUUCAAGAUUUAUUUGAUCCCUCCAGGAAUAUGGCAAAGUACCGAAAUCUUCUAAACAGCCAGAAUCUGCAGCCACCCAUCAUCCCUCUUUUCCCUGUAAUCAAGAAGGAUCUCACCUUCCUGCAUGAAGGAAAUGACUCGAAGGUAGAUGGUUUGGUGAACUUUGAGAAGCUGCGGAUGAUUGCUAAAGAGAUCAGACACGUAGGCAGAAUGGCAGCGGUAAACAUGGACCCUGCUCUGAUGUUCAGAACCAGGAAGAAGAAAUGGAGAAGUUUAGGGUCACUCAGCCAGGGCAGUGCCAAUGCGGCAGUCCUGGAUGUAACCCAGACAGGCGGACACAAGAAGCGGGUCAGACGGAGUUCCUUCCUCAAUGCCAAGAAGCUGUACGAGGACGCACAGAUGGCACGCAAAGUCAAACAAUACCUGUCCAACCUCAUCCUGGAGACGAAUGAGGAGAGCCUGCAGACACUCUCAAUUCAGUGUGAGCCUUCAGUCAACACAUUGCCGAAGAGUUCCGGGGACAGGAAGAGACCGGACACUUCUCCUAUAGUUGCACGGGCCGCCAUUCACCAGCGCCAGCAGCUUCAGAAAGCCACCCAGGCGCUUCAAGUGCCUGCCGUAGCCCUCUACCCAUCACGCAAGAAAGUGCCAGUCAAAGACUUGCCGCCAUUUGGCACAAGCUCACCACAGUCUCUGAAAAAGAUACUGUCCCUUUCAGAAGAGGCAGGAGAGAGACACAGGAAACUGACAGAGGACAGUGUUUCCAACAACUCUUCACAGAUGUCCUCUCCUCCCACAUCCCCUCACAGCUCACCUAAGAAAGGGUAUGGAAGAGCAGGUGACUACCUGUCAGACUCUGGCCACAGUGAGAUCUCCUCACGCUCCAGUCUGGUGAGCACCUCCUCCCUGGACAUGGGGCAAGAUGAACGCAGACAUCGAUAUGGAGGAGUAGCUGGGGAAAGCCAUGGCAGUGUCCACCGUCUAGAACGCAGGGCUACUGCUGAUCCUGACCAGUACAGCUUGGGGUCUUGCUCAUCAAUGCAGGACUGUCGGGGUCUGUAUGCGGGUGCCACUGUGCUGUCUUCCCCCAGCUCAGAGGAGCUUACCCAGGACCAGGGCGACCGGGUGUCUCUCGAUGCUGCUGAUUCUGGUCGUGGCAGCUGGACUUCAUGUUCCAGUGGCUCUCAUGACAACAUUCAGACCAUGCAGCAGGGGCGUAGCUGGGAAGCACUUGCAGAGGGUGCGGGGCUUUGGGGAAGCAGAGGAAGCUGGGCGUCUGCCUGCUCCUCUUCAUCCUCUGCAGCAUGUUGGGGCGAGGACUCUGAGGGCGAUACGGGCACUAUCAAGCGAAGAGGAGGGAGGGAUGUGACCACAGACCCAGAGACCAGCAGCAUCACCUCCACUGGUUCAGAAGAGUCCAGACAGCACAGUCGACGGCCCUCACCCAUCACUGCAGGCAACACCAAAGCUGUGAUCACACGGAAGGACGGCCGUUACCGGGACCCUCCACCUACUCCGCCGGGCUACACCGCACUGACCAUCACGGACGUAACCGAGGGCACAGCUCACGCGGGCAGGAGACCGCCGGACUACACCACCGCCUUGCAGCGCUCCCGUCUUGUCUCACAAUCCCCCGACUCCCAGCAGCCCCCAGCUGCGGGAAAACCUAUCCACUCGCCGGAUCCCCGGGGCCGAGAAGACGAGGAGACAGAGAGGGUGGAAGUGGAGGGUGAGUGCUUGUCUCCCAAACUCAGAGAUCAAAGGAGGAGAGGUCCACACACAGCAGUUCCCCCCAGGCCAUGAGUUACAUACACCACCCCGACGGGAAGAGGAUGAACAGGUGUCCGCUGUUUGAAAGGGGGCGACUCGGGCUGCACUGCUGCAUUGACUGAUGGCCCAUAUCGGGCAUUCACAGGUCAGACAGACAGACAGACCAUCCAGUCUACAUCUUACCGGCACUGCCUCUCUCCCUCCUCGAUGGAUUCAUCUCCCUGUCCUGCCUUAAUGCAUCAUGGGGGGUUUAAUGCCCUGCAUGCUAAAAAUACUGUGAAGAAAGGAGGCGAGCAAAAAAAUAAUUUAUUUGGCACUUUGGAGAAUGGAAAAAAUGAACUGAACUGAACUGAAAACACAACGCUUUGACAUUCACACACAAAAAACAAACUACUGUUAACAGUUAUCUUCAGACAAUUCCCUCUUACCUUCUACUUAAAGGUCACAUGGACGCGUUUAAUAGUUCCCUUCAGCACUUUUUAACUGUUUUUAAGGUGUAAACUGAUGCACACAAUCUACAUUUCAGUCACACGAUUCUGGACAUGCAGUUUGGAUGGCGAAGAAGGCUCGAGUACAAUUUACCACCCUUCUUUUGGACAUCAGUCCUGACGACAACUCUCAUAUCUGUGUGGUUCAAUAUAACAGUAUUAUAUUUGCAGGAGCACGACUUGAAGGACAUCUCUUCUACUGGAUGACUACAAAUGGAGUUCAUUGAUUCCUGACUUGCGUAGCACACCGAUUUAAUAAGGAAGGUGUUUUAUGAGAGGAAAUGAUGCUAAGUGAAGCCUUAGUGAUUGAUUUUAUUGGUUUUUGGCUUUUUAGUGGGUUUGUGAGCUAUAAGAAAGUAUGACUGGUUUGGGCAAAUGCCCAUAACAAACAAUACAAAAACAAAAGCCUGAAAAAAAAAAUGUUUUGGUAAUCGAGGAGCCAAAGUCCAUUGAAAGUGAAUCAGCUCAGCUAUAACAAGCAAAAAUCACUCAUCUUCGAUAUGACGCAGGUGGGUUUUAUCAGUUCAGUACCUCUACAGCUUCAGAAAGCUAAUGAAGCGUUUGCUGUGGCUGUUGCUCAACAUCAUCUGCCCCCUGUUGGUUAAGGUGAGAACUGCAGGCUACUCAGGCAAACGAGGCCGUCUUGUAGGGUGCUACUUCCUUCCUCUCAUUAAGUGAAACCAUUAAGAAGGUGUGUAAAAAAAAAAAAAAUUGUUGCUUUUAUGUUUAGUUUUUCUUUACGAGGGCUCAAGUCAUGCAUGUUUCUCCCGGGGGUGGGUCUUGACCUAACUACCACUGCUGCAAAACAGCUUCCACAAUCACUCACAGGAACUCAACUGAAACCUGCUUUUGAGACUCCGGUGGGCCGGGAACACACAAACCCACCCGAAGUCCGUCAGUCAGAGCAGAACUGAACCGAUGGGAGCACGUCACUCUUGUUCUUUCAUUUUAAACACUGAGUUAAACUGAUCACAUUGAUCAGUAGUUAGAAACAGACUAAAGAAGAAAAAAUAAGUUUGCAGUGUUUUCCACUGUGCUCUGUAACAUCACUACUUCAAUGUUUUGUUCAGUUUUUUUCUCUAGUUGCUUGUAUGUUUGUUUGUUUUUGGCUCCCACAGUUUUUUUGUAAUGGUUGCGGAUACAGUUGUUAAUAACACAUUUGUUACAAUAACUAUAUCGCCCAUCUGCUUCUACCCAUUUUUUUUUUUUUUUUUUUUUUUAGUAAAUAUUCACAUUUUGGCAAGCCAGGAUGAGUCGCUUGUUUUGCAAAAUAAGUUGCACAAACUGUACAAGCAUAAAUACAACAAGGUAAAUAGUAGUAGGUAGCUGUUCUGCUACUCUGUUCGAUAUGUGAUGUCAAGUGAGACGUGUACAUUUAGCUGGUGAAGAUUCUCUCUUUUUUCGACUACUUUUACCUGUACGUCUUUUACAAAGACAAUUGGUGGAGUAUGUAUUUGUUCUUAUUAUUUUUCUUUAUUUUUGUUUUGUAUUUUUAAUACAAUAAUUGUAAAUAUUGGUUAUAUUUUUGUUGAAUUGUAGAAAUGUAUGAUGUUUAUGCCUCAACAUCCAGUUUAUAUGAAGCUGGGAAUCAAUAAAUUCGAGAAAAGAAAAAAGAAUCAACUUAUAGUUUUUAAAUGCACAUUAUUAUUAUUAUUAUUAUUGCUUUUUGUUUUGUUUUAUUUUUUUUUUCAAACAUUGUUUUUAAUGCCCUCUGGCACCAUCUAGUGUUUGCACAAGAUAAGACAUGAAAGUAACUUGAAAUGUGUAUCUCAUACUUUUCUAACUGACAAGUGUAUGUUGGGGUUAAUAAAAGAGAUCUGUAUCUA